CGGGCUGGGCGGGGCCGCGCCUCUCCCGGCCGCUCACUCACCUCCUCCGGCAUCGGAGGGACCCAUGGCUGCGGCGGCCCUGCGGGGACGGCAGUGGAGAGAAUCCAACGCGUUCGGUCGGGCGGUGAGGCUGCUGCAGCGCCUGGAAGAGCAAUGCGAGGACCUCCGGCUCGCCUCGAGUCCCCCCUCGCUGCGGGACCUGCUGCCCCGCACCGCGCAGCUGCUGCGCGAGGUGGCGCACGCCCGGCGGGCGGGCGGCGGAGGCGGCCCCGAGGGUCCCGGUGGUGCGGAGGACUUUCUCGUGGUCUAUCUCGCUAACCUGGAGGCCAAGACCAGGCAGGUGGCGGCACUGCUGCCACCCCGGGGCCGGAAGACUGCCAACGACGAGCUCUUCCGGGAGGGCUCCAGACUCAGGCGACAGCUGGCCAAGCUGACCCUCAUCUUCAGCCACAUGUGCACGGAGCUGGGCGCACUCUUCCCUGGGGGCAAAUACUGUGGAAACACGUACCAGCUCACCAAGGUCCUGGCCCACACUUUCUGGAGAGAGCAGUGCGGAGCCCGGUGUGUGCUGCCCUGGGCUGAGUUUGAGGUGCUUUUGUGCAUCUGCCACCCCAUGGAACCUGGCUCCACGGCCCUGGCCUUGCGCUCCACUAUCGACCUCACCUGCAGCGGCCAUGUGUCCAUCUUCGAGUUUGACAUCUUCACCAGGCUCUUCCAGCCAUGGCCAACACUCCUCAAGAACUGGCAGCUCCUGGCAGUCAACCACCCAGGCUACAUGGCCCUCCUCACUUACGAUGAGGUCCGAGCACGUCUGCAGACCUACAGAGACAAGCCAGGCAGCUACAUCUUCCGGCCCAGCUGCACUCACCCGGGGCAGUGGGCCAUCGGAUUCGUGAGCUCAGAUGGCAGCAUCCUGCAGACCAUCCCUCUCAACAAACCUCUGUUCCAGGCACUCCUGGAAGGACAAAAGGAAGGCUUCUACCUCUACCCAGAUGGGAAGAACCACAACCCGGACCUGACCGAACUCUGCCAGAUGGAGCCCCAUCAGCGCAUACACGUGUCGGAGGAGCAGCUGCAGCUGUACUGGGCCAUGGACUCCACGUUUGAGCUUUGCAAGAUCUGUGCCGAGAGCAACAAGGACGUGAAGGUGGAGCCGUGCGGGCACCUGCUCUGUAGCCGCUGCCUGGCUACUUGGCAGCACUCAGACAGCCAGACCUGUCCCUUCUGCCGCUGCAAGAUCAAGGGCCAAGAGGCUGUGAGUAUCUAUCAGUUCCAAGCCAGCGCCCCUGCUGAGGACUCAGAGGACAGCAGUAACAAGGAAGCCGAGGAAGAGGAACUGGAGCGGGUGACCCCCUCAACUCCUCCCCUGCCGCCUCGGCUGGAUCUGCCCCCAAAGAGUCCGAGAAGCAAAUGCCAGCUGAAGGUGGCGCCUCUGGCGCUCCCCAGACUUCGAGCUCCUCUAACCUUCCCAAGAUUUUGGACUGAGCUCUCAGCCUCAUUGGAAAUCACCUCCAGCCCCCAGGCCAGAGAGGGCGCCAGAGGAAACUCCUCCUAAAGGGAAAGUCUCCCCUCCACCUGCCCCUGAGGGACCCACGAAGGCCUGGAUGCCAGGGCACCAAGAUGUGCUGCGAAAGGGAGCCCCAGGGGCUGGAAGGGGUUUGGGAAGCGGAAAUAAACUGCCAAGCCGGG